GUCGCCCAUAAAAUCCAUGCAUUGCAACCUCUCGAUCUCUCUCCAUCUCGCUGUCUGCGAGCGACGACAUGGCCGCUCUCGCCGUGCUGCUGCUGGUGGUUGCGGCGGUGGAGGGCGGCGCGGCGUGGUCGUUCUGGCCGCCGGCGGCCGGCGACGAGCCGUACUGCCUCAGCUGGCGGGUGAUGGUGGAGGCCAACAACGCCAAGAACUGGCCCACCGUGCCGCCGCCGUGCGUCGGCUACGUCUGGAGAUACAUGGCGUGGGGGCAGUACGCCCGCGACGUGGCCGGCGUCGCCGACCAGAUCGCCGCCUACGCCGCCCAGCUCGCCGCCGGCGACGACGGCCUCGACGCCUGGGUGUUCGACGUCGACGACACGUGCCUGUCCAACCUCUUCUACUACCAGGCAAAGCAAUUCGGGGCGUAUGAUCCGGUGGCGUUCAAGAAGUGGGCGAGCAAGGCGAUCUGCCCGGGGGUACCUGGCAUGGCGCAGCUGUUCCAGAUGCUCAGAGGCAGAGGAUUCAGAGUCUUCAUCCUCUCCGGCCGAGACCAGCAGACUCUCGCCUCCAGCACCGCCGCCAACCUCGCCGCGGCCGGCUUCGCCGGCUACGACCGGCUCAUCAUGAGAAGCGCGGAGUACCGGGGAAUGAGCGCGGUGGUGUUCAAGUCGGCGAUGAGAAUGCAGCUGAUGGAGGAGGGGUACAGGAUACGCGGCAAUGUGGGUGACCAGUGGAGCGAUCUGCAGGGUGACUUCGUCGGCGACCGUGUCUUCAAAGUGCCCAACCCAAUGUACUUUGUUCCAUGAUAAUAUGAUACUCUAAUCGCCCAUCAAACAUGUGUUCGCACAUACGCACUUCGUUACACGGAGUAUAUAUGUAACUAUUUCUUUUUUAGACAGAAAAAAAAGGUUGAGUAAAUUACUUAACAGGUCUAGCUUGUAUACGUAGCUGCUGCACUAUCAAUCUAUCACUACUUGUGUACGCAUGCAAGAUGCAUGGCAAUAGCCAGACAGGAAGAAGCAGAGUCAUCUUUCUUCUCUGAAA